AUGGAGUCCAGGCAGACAGAAGUUUGGGUUGUGCUGUUUGUGACCUUUGCCGCUGCCACGAUCAUCACGGUACUCCGUCUGCUGAGCCGAAGACUCAAGAGGAUCUCACUCUCGUGGGAUGAUUACUUUGCACUCUGUGGCUUUGCCAUCUCGAUUGGUUGGGUCAUCAUCAUUCCUUACUGGGUCAACCACGGCCUCGGGCUUCACAUCGAAGAUGUUAUGGCUACCCAGAACAAAACGCUAGGAGAUGCAUUGUUCCAAUCAAAGUUACUGCUCUUCAUCGCCGAGCUUUUCUACGCCUUUGGCCUGUUCUUCGCCAAAGUCUCCAUGUUGAGUCUGUACUGGCGCAUGUUCAGCGUCACGAAUAUCCGACUCCCGAUCCAGAUUCUCUUCGGAUGUUCUUUGGUUUGGAUCACCUUCCGAAUCUUCAUGGGCAUCUUUCACUGCAUCCCUGUCCAGGCCUUCUGGGAUUCUAGUGCCGGCGGGUACUGUGCCAUUGAGGACAAGAAGUUCUUCUUUGGCACCACGCUUGUCCAUGCCGCCAUUGACAUUGCGAUUUUGAUCUUGCCCAUGUGGCAGAUUUCACAGCUACAGCUACCCUUGUUGCAAAAGGCUGGCAUCAUGGUCAUGUUUACCUUUGGCUUCUUCAUUUGUGCGGCCGCUAUCAGAUUGAUUGUAGCCGCUAGAGUGUUCGACGAUCAUUCGCCCGAUCUGACGUGGAAUAUCUGCGACAUUGUUAUCUGGGCGACGGUAGAGGUCAACCUAAUCAAUGUUUCUGCUUCCCUACCUACAAUUCGACCGGCCUGCACAUUCAUCUUCACCUGCACACACCCACGGACACGAACGGAAGCCACCUCGGGCAGCUACCCAAACACGGAGCCCCGAAGCCGAACCAAGCACUCCAUCCGGCUCGACCCCAUGACCAAGUCAUCGCCCAACGACGAAUCCAGCUCAACACACCAGCUCGCCGACUCGGACGAUGGUGGUGGUCGCGGCUCCGUGUCCGACUUUGAAAGUCACGCCAUUGAUCGACUGCGACCGUCCGGCCACAAGUACACGUCGACUGUGACGGGGCAAAGUGGCAUGGGAGGUAGUUCUCGAUCAAACCUGGAUGGCAUUCUUGUCAAGAAUGAGACCACGGUGCACGUUUCCAAACACUGA